CGGUUGAUUCCGUUAGUCGCAUAUUGACCGAUUUUUCAUGAAAAUCCUUGUUUUUUUGUGUUUCUCAUCCAAAAAGGAAGUAAAAUGAGCUCAAUUACAAUUAAUCACUUAUCGAAUCAGGAAUUGGCUUUUUUGUUUCAAUUUUUGCCCACAAGUGACCUUCAACUCGUUUCUCAUCGCUGGAUGAACAUUUGUACGACUUAUUUUGCCAAAAAAUAUCAUUUAAAACUGGAAAAUGUCACUCUCAACAACUUUUCGGCUCCGGUUCAAGUCUUUAAAUCAUCAAAUAAGGUCAUCACAACGCUUACCUUGAGCAACGUUGACUUGGAUUUCAGCGACAGCACCAAUUUUUCCGAAGUUUUGCUCUUUUUGAAGCGUCUUCAUGCCACAGUCACCGAAUUAAAGCUUCAUUAUUCCAUCAAACCCAACAUCGAUCUGAUCCGAGGCUUUCAAAAAGUUGAAAUUAUCGAAAUUACGGCGCCCAGUUGGUACGCCGAGAUCGCAAACAGCAAAAUUAGCUUCCCAGAAGUGCGGAUUUUGAGGCUAAAUGAUUUCAAUAUUGAAGUUUUCGGUAAAAAUAUGUUCUGUUCGUUCUUCAAGAAGUUCUCGUACGUCGAGGAAAUCGAAAUUGAGGGAAAUGUCAUACAGAAUUACAGUCAAUUCGGGACUUUUUUCGGAAAAAAGUUGAAAAAGGUCCAUUUUGACAUCGAUAAUGAUCAAUUAGCGACAAAGACGAUGGAAUUUCUGACAAUUAUCAAGGGAAUCGAGUUGCAAAAAGUUACUUUUGUCGUUAGGACGGCUUAUGAUGCGGAAAUUUUGGAACGUUUGGUGAUGGUUCAUUCAACGUUGCACGAAAUUAAUGUAAUUUCGACUCAGGGACAUCUUCCGAGACCUCAUCCAGCAAUUUUUUCCGUUGAAAUUACGUUGAAAGAUGAGAUUUUGGACGUUUUUAAUGCUUUGGAUGCAUUUUCUGGCUUGGAAUCGAUUAAAGUUGACUUUCCGUUGAAAGUGAGUCAUGUUCAGAUCAAUUGUUUCUUCGGUCAUGACUUUUUCGAAGAACAUUUUUCGGUGAAAACUCUCAAAUUAAGCGGAUUUAACAAAGAUUGUAUCCCUUGUUUCAUCAAUAUGACCUCAACUUAUCCAAAUUUACGAGUUUUUGAGUACCAAUCGGCGACACAAAUUGAUCUUGAUGUCAUAAAAAUCGUCGGAAGUAACUUAAUUCACUUGGAAGAGUUGCAUCUCGCAUACAAAACUUACGAAAAAUCAACCGAACCAGGUUUCGCGAAAUAUUUCGAUGAAUGGCCUUCCAUGAAAAAGCUGAAAAAAUUAAAACUUGACCCGAUUUCGUGUCAAUGGUCUUUUUCAGGUCUAGUUAAUUUGUGCGAAAUGUGUCCCAAUUUGGAAAAAAUCCAUUUUGAUGGCGGAGCUGAGGUCAAUGAAGAUUUUUUGCAACCCCUAAUGACUCGUUUGCCUUUUCUGCAAGACUUGACAAUCGGAGAGACGAGUUCCAGACCAACUGUCGUCUCGAAUUUGCCAUUUUUGUUCGAGCAAGACAUCGUGGAGGACUGCUAUCAAAAUAUGGAGUUGAUAGAAACGUUUCGACAACCUUGCCCCAGAUUGAAAGAACUUCGAUUACUCACCUGUGCCAUGGAUUUGUCGUUAAAAUAUCGAUUGUUUCGGAACUUUACAAGCCUUAAAGUUGUUCAGGAUCGAAAAACGAUGCUCACUUCGAAGGAAUUUUAUGAAAUGCGGGACCAAUUUCAUCAAGAUGUUUCUUCAAAAGUGCAAAAAGAGCAAAAAUCUGUAACGAAAGUGAAGAAAUUGUUGCACAGUUGUUUUUGUUAAGACGAAAAAAUUUAAUUAAUUUGCUUUUUGUUGUUGGGCAAGAAUAAAAAAGAUCAAAAGUAAGAAAAAAUCAUAAAUUUUCGGAAAAAUUCUGAGUGA